CCAACCUGUGUGGAACAAGAGUGAAGCCAGGAUUAACGUUUUUCGGAAUCGGCUAAAAAAUAUGGAAGCUCAACUGGCUACUUUUGAGGCUAAAAAACGCAAGAAUAAUCCGGAUCUGGAAAAAUACAUUAAAAUUGGUUCUAGAUACUUUUACAUUGAAAAUAUGAACAAGAUGAGUUGGUUUGCAGCUCAUCGAGUCUGUCGAGAAAUCGGAGGUAAACUGGCAACCAUAAAAGAUGAAGAAGAACUGGAGCAAAUCGACCGUUUGCUCGACUUUCGUACCGGCUACUGGCUGGGCCUCAACGACUUGGUUUUUGAAGGACUAUUCCAGAGUUGGCCUCCUAAAGCGUUGGCCUGGAUAGAAGAUCAUUUUACAAAUUUCCCGAACGGCGCAUCCGACUAUGGACACAAAACUGAUUGUGUGGUUCUUAGCGGAAGUGAUAUGUUUGAUAUUGAAUGCGAUAAAAAUCGUUACUUUAUAUGUGAAGCACUCAUUGAUGAUUGAUUUUAAA